AUGUUCGAUUUGAAUGGUAAAGUCGCCCUUGUAAUUGGCUUGGGCCAGUCAGGAACCGAGGGCUGGGGAAUUGGUGCAGCCUGCGCAAUCACCUUUGCCAGACAAGGGGCCAUCAUCUUUGGUGGCAACCGCACAAUCGCUUCCACAAAGAAGACGACAGACACUCUCCGCGAUGAAGGCCUUAAGGGAGAAGUCAUGCAAGCCGACGCCACUUCCUCGGAGUCCGUCAAAACCCUCGUCGAUGCAUGUAUCGCAAAACAUGGACGCAUUGAUAUCUUACUAUGCAACGUGGGCCAGUCACAGCCAGGCGGGCCCGCCGAAAUGUCAGAAAAGACUUGGGAUUCCCAGAUGGACCUCAACUUGAAAAGCGUAUACUUGGCAUGCCACCAUGUCCUACCUAUCAUGGAGAAACAGGAAAGGGGUGGCUCUAUUGUUUGCGUUUCUAGUAUCGCCGGGCUGCGCUACAUUGGGAAACCCCAGGUUGCAUACAAUACCACAAAGGCCGCAAUCAUGCAGUUCGUGAAGGCUACGGCCGUCCUCUACGCGAAGAAGGGAGUGAGGCUCAAUACAGUGGUACCUGGUCUGAUGGAGACUCCAUACACAAGAGAGCUUUUCAAACGACACCCGGUACCUGGUGGUUAUGAAGAAUUCAAAGCGACAAGGGAUAAUCAAGUUCCCAUGGGCCAUAUGGGAGAUGCUUGGGAUGUGGCCAAUGCCGCUUUGUUCCUAGCUUCAGAUGAAGCUCGGUAUGUUACUGGUCAAAAGAUUGUUGUUGACGGAGGUAUCACAUCCUCUACCGGUCGUUCAUAG